UUACAGUAAAACUUCAAUGAAAAUGGAGAUCUUGCAAAACUUGCUUCCUCCUAAUAUGGUUGAAAAAAUUGAAAAGGCGGGAAUAGGAACACUUAAAUUACUCACACUUUCAGUGUUAGAUUUAAAGAAAGUUACAAACUUAACAGCAGAUGAUAUUGCCUAUUUAAAAGACGCCAUUUCCAAUUACUAUAAACCACCUUGUAUAACAUGUGAUAAGUUAAUUGAAUUUCCAAAAUUUAAGAAAAUACCAACUGGUUGUAAAAAUAUUGACAGUCUAUUAUAUGGUGGUUUUGCUGCUGGCACUAUAACAGAAUUGUAUGGUGAAAGUGGAUCUGGUAAAACUCAAAUAGGAAUAACAACAGCAGCAAACAGUUGGCCCAAUAAAAGUGUAUACAUUUGCACUGAAGAUAUAUUUCCUGUGAAGAGAUUAAAACAAAUUACACAUUCUUCUGCUACUAAUGAUCAUUGUGAACAUAUAUUUGUAGAACAUCUCACCGAGCCACAUGAACUAUUUUCCUGUAUUAAAGUCAGAUUACCAAGGCUUCUCGAACAAAAUAAAGUAUCUACACUUAUAAUUGAUUCUAUUGCUGCACCAUUUAGAUGUGAGAGUACUAAUUACAUGAAGCGAGCUGAAGAUUUAAGAGAGAUAGCUGUUAUGUUACUAGCUUUGGCUCAAAAAUAUAACCUUUCUGUUAUUUGCAUAAACCAAGUGACAGCAUCAUUUGAAAAAACUUUGCAUGUUUUGCCAUCUCUUGGAUUGGCUUGGUCAAACUUGGUGACAUAUAGACUGUGUUUGCAGAAACAAUCAGAAGCUUGCAAUGCUCUUUUGUUUCAAAAAGGUAUGCAAUGUAAUCACACUGUCAGAGAGCUCAGUGUAGUCUUUGCACCAGAUUUGCCCAACGCAUCUACUAAAUUCAUAAUAACAUCAGAAGGGUUGAGAAGUAUAUAAUAACUUUUAAAUACUAUUUCCAAACAUUAGGAAUAUAAAUACGGAAAAGAAAUGUUUUGUAUAUAAACAUCUGAG